CCCCAGGGCGACGUCGGGAACUCGUACUACCCCGACAGCGGGCAUGAUCUCACCGGUGGCCUGCCCAUUAACCUCGACUCGCUGAGAGAUGGGCCACCGGGCAGCAAACCGUUCUAUCCCUACUCGACGCUCAUACGAUACGCGAUAAAGGGGUCCCCCACGGGCAAGUUGCUACUCGAGGAUAUAUACUACGCGAUAGAAUCGCGGUUCCCUUAUUUCCGAACGGCUCCUGCGGGGUGGAAGAAUUCCGUACGACACAAUCUCUCGCUGAACCCUUGCUUCGUGAAAGUGCCGCGGCCGCUCACGGACCGAGGGAAGGGUUCCUACUGGACCGUCGACGACAACGUCGACCCCCGCACGGGCGUGCACCGCGUGCGGCGAAAGAAGACGUCGGGGAAGAAGAAGCGGGGCGACGUCGACCCCGCGGAGGAGCACGAGCAAGACCGUGAUUUCCCCGAGGGCCCGGGGGAGUACGCGCAGCAUCCCCAGCCCGAGUUUGACGGUGGGGCGCACCCGCCUUCGUUCGAUCCCUCUUCGCUGGACCAGAACGAGGCGAACCGAUCGCAGCCGUUCCAGAUGCCCUACAACACGUUCGACCCGAGCUCGUUCAUGGUGCCGCAAGGGAUGCGGUUCCCGCCGCAGAUGCCGAUAGCGCUCCCGGACGAGUCGCUGGAGGUGGACGAACACGGGAACGUGAACUGGCAGCUCGCGUGGCGGAAGGAGCUGACGACGCUGAUGCGCGUGACGGAACAACAGGAGGGUUCGGGCGCGGAGCAGGAUUGGUACCGCAUGAUGCUGAUGCGGGUGCGAGGCGCGCUUAUGGCGCCU